AUGGCCCAACCCACACUGCCCUCAUGCUGGUCCAAUCCGGCUCUGCGCCAGAACCCGGGAUCGUCGUCGACUGACCCGAGCCGCUUGAUAAAGAUGAAACCUUCGCGUUUUAAUGGGACGGAAGCACCUAGCUGGAUUUCUCGAGUACAGUUCUACUUUGACCAAUUGAUGCUUCCCGUUGAUCAACGUUUACAUUAUGUCGUGAUGCUCUUUGACCCUCCCGCCGUGGAUUGGAUCUUCAAUUAUCAAGCAAAUAAUACUGGUGUGUUAUGGCCCGAUUUCCUGGAGGAUGUUCGUCGUCGCUUCGACCCUCUAUGCUUUCAGAAUUUUAUUGGGUUAAUCGCGAAGCUAACACAGACUGGUCCCUGGCAGAAUACAACGACAAGUUUGAGAGUCAGGCAUCAGUACCCGACCUCGGUGGCGUUGGCAGUGGAGUAUGAUGGUUGUAUUGAACGUCCGACGCUGUCGCCCAGAUUUCAGUGCCACCAGUGGGUCCCACGGGAGCAGCGUCUUGUGACCGGCAGUGCGACGGGUGGGCCACCUGAUGCAACCGGUGCAGCGAAACCGAAUCAGUUGAAGACUUCGCCGUACGCUCGCCUUCCAGUGAUACGUCUGUCUGCGGCUGAGAAAGCAGAUCGCACUAAGAAGAAUUUAUGUUGGUACUACCCAGAGAAGUAUACCUCGUCUCACGUGUGCAACAAGACCUCUUUGGCAUACAUGGGGGUCGACGAGAAUUCGGAGGACCACGAGGACGGCCAGCCUAAGCCGCCCGAGGCAGCGGAGAUCAUCACCGCAGAUAUCUCCCAUAUUUAUUCGCUAGACGGUAAACACCGUGCUGAGGCUAUUGAGCUACAUGGUUCCAUUGGUGCUUCGCCAGUGUUGAUCUUGGUAGACACAAGGAGCACCCACGAUUUUUUGCACCCCCGGAUUGCGGAGAGAUUGGCGUUACCUCUAAAGCAGGUUCGUCCGUUCAGGGUUUAUGUAGGCAGUGGGGAGUCGAUCAUUUACUCCCACGCGAGCAUUAACACCCGGCUGGUCAUCCAGAAUCAGGUUUUCUUGGUGGAUUUACACAUUUUGCAGGUGCAUGGAUCGGACGUUAUUUUGGGGAUGGCUUGGUUAAAGUCCCUACGACGGGUUACAAAUGAUUUUGAACAAGGAACGCUCGAGUUUGUCCGCGAUGGAAAGCAGGUUUGCCUCAAGAUUGAUUCGCAGCUGCCUCGCGAGGUGUCAGUUAGGACUUUUGCUGCUCUGAUGCGUUUACACGGGGAGGCUGACCUGUUUGAGGUGGUGGCUGUUCCACCGGGGUCUGAACGGACAGGGGUGGCUGACCCGCCAGCUUUUCCGGCAGAUUUACCGGAUUCCAUCCACGCGGUGUUGGAGGCUCACGCCUCGGUAUUCUCUCUGCCUUCAGGAAUGCCGCCCCCGCGGUUAUGUGACCACCGGAUCCACCUCCGCCCAGAUUCAAAACCGGUUAAUGUGCGACCAUAUAGGUACCCAUACUUCCAAAAGAACGAGAUCGAGCGCCAGGUUCGCGAGAUGUUGGAGUCAGGCAUUAUCCGACCGAGCCAGAGUUCUUUUUCCUCGUCAGUAUUACUGAUACGGAAGAAAGAUGGGUCUUUCCGCUUCUGUAUAGACUACCGUGCCCUGAAUACUGCAAGUGUGCCCGAUCAUUUCCCGAUUCUGACUGCGGAUGAAUUAUUUGAUGAGUUAGGGGCGGCGCGAUAUUUUACAAAGUUGGAUUUACAUUCGGGGUACCAUCAGAUUCGAAUGCAUACCAGUGAUGUUUACAAGACGGCUUUUCGUACUCAUGAUGGCCACUUUGAGUUCUUGGUGAUGCCGUUUGGGUUGACAAAUGCGCCUUCGACCUUUCAAUCGGCGAUGAAUGCUAUUUUUCGCCCGGUAUUUCGCAACUCUACAGUUGAUUAUCUGGGUCACUUGAUAUCUGACGGUCAACUGAAGGCAGACCCGAGUAAAAUUGAAGCCAUGGUGGCUUGGCCCACGCCGACAACAGUCAAGCAGUUGAGAGGAUUUCUGGGUCUCACGGGCUACUACCGUCGCUUUAUCGCUCAUUGUACGGUUAUCGCGGGACCUCUGACGGACCUUCUAAAGAAAGAUGUUUUUGCCUGGUCUGAGGUAGCAACCGAGAGUUUCACCCGCCUUAAGACAGCGAUGGUUUCCGCCCCGGUGAUGCGGUUACCCGACUUUACUAGGCCAUUUUAUCUUGAAACAGACGCCUCUGAUUUUGGGGUGGGCGCGGUACUGUUGCAUGAUAACCACCCUCUCGCAUUUUUUAGUAAGAAAUUGGGGCCUCGUCGGCGUGUGACUUCGACUUAUCAUAAGGAACUUUAUGCGAUAGUGGAAGCGGUUCAGAAGUGGCGUCAAUACCUUUUGGGACGGAAGUUCGUCAUCAGAAGUGACCAUAAAAGUCUUAAGGAGCUUCUGCAGCAAGUGAUUCAGACUCAUGACCAACAAUUGUAUGCCCGGAAGUUAAUGGGGUACAAGUUUCGGAUUGAGUACAAGACCGGUGCAUCUAACCGGGUUGACGAUGCCUUGUCGCGCCGGGACAUGGAGGGUGACGGGGUGCCGCCAGAUAUCAAGGGUCCGACGGCUGUGGAGGACCCUGCGGCGGACACGACGAGCUUACUGACACUUUGUCACCCUAUGCCUGAUAUCCUUGACUUACUAAGGGUUGACACCGACUCUGCGUCGGAUUUAUCGGAGCUUAAGGAGCAGAUUUUGGCCGGCACGGCUGAUAGACAUUUUCAAUUGGCUAACGGGCUGAUUUAUUUUCAGCGUUGUAUACUUGUGGGAGCUGAGCCUAAAAUUCGGGCAGCUUUGUUGUGGGAACAUCAUAGUAGUCCAUCGGCAGGUCAUCAUAGUGGGAGGCUUUUUAUUGGAAAGGGAUGA